AUGGCCAGCUCGAUUGCGUCCUAUCUGCCACCGGGCGAUGGCUAUCUGCCGAAGUGGCUGUUGUUUAUCGCUGUCGUUUCGACAGCCAACAGCGUCCAAUGUUACAUCUCCACUGCUGGAUCCAGGCAGGUGUACGCUGGCAAGCCGCCUCUCAAGGCCAUGAAGGGGUCCUCAAAAGGCACAGAUCUGAGCCCGGUCAAUGACCUCAGCGCCAGAACGUUUGGCACUUGGACCGCACUCAGCAGCAUCAUUCGUCUGUACGCGGCAUACCACAUUCAGGACCCUCUUAUCUAUCAGCUUGCCCUGUGGAGCUAUGUGAUUGCCUUUGCGCACUUCUUCAGCGAAUGGCUUGUUUUCGGCUCGGCAAGAUGGAACCGAGGCUUUGCAUCCCCUGUGUUUGUGAGCACGUUCACCAUUUCUUGGAUGCUUUCGCAGUGGAGCUACUACGUGUCGUAG